AUGGAUCAUAUAGGGGCGCACCACCUCCACCAGAACCACGCCGAGCCCAUCAGCUUUGGAAUCGACCAGAUCCUCAACAACCCGGACCAAGGCAGCUGCAUGAUCUCCGGCUCCCGGCUGCAAGACUCCUCCGACUACGGCUUGAGCUGCAUCGUCAGCAGCGCCUACAACACCAUGACGGGCAGCUACGGGGCGAACGGCGGCUCGGCCGGGGCUUACCCGGGCGCCUGCAGCAUGGCUUCCCUGCCGGGCUCCUACAACGUCAACAUGGGGGUGGCCAUGAACGGGAACAGUCUGAGCUCGGCGGGGGGCGUGAUCCGGGUGCCGGCGCACAGGCCGCUGGCUGGAGGGGGGCACCAGCCCCUCUCCACCGGGAUGCCCACCGUGCCCUCGGUGAACACCAUGAACAACCUCACGGGACUCACUUUCCCCUGGAUGGAGAGCAACAGGCGAUACACGAAAGAUAGGUUCACAGGUCACCCCUACCAGAACCGGACGCCGCCCAAGAAAAAGAAACCCCGGACGUCUUUCACCCGGCUGCAGAUCUGCGAGCUGGAGAAGCGGUUCCACCGGCAGAAGUACCUGGCCUCGGCCGAGCGGGCCGCCCUGGCCAAGGCCCUCAAGAUGACAGAUGCCCAGGUGAAGACCUGGUUCCAGAACAGGAGGACAAAAUGGAGGCGACAAACUGCAGAGGAGAGGGAGGCCGAGAGACAGCAAGCCAACCGUAUCCUCAUGCAGCUCCAGCAGGAGGCCUUCCAGAAAAGCAUCAAUCAGCCCCUCCAGGCAGACCCCAUCUGUGUCCACAACUCUUCCCUCUUCGCCCUCCAGAACCUCCAGCCUUGGUCCGACGACUCGUCCAAGAUCACCAGCGUCACCUCCGUCGCCUCUGCUUGUGAAUAGAGCCCACGACCCAGUGGUCCCCCCCACACACACACACUGCGUUACGAGCCACCCAAGCGAAGUAUCCUUCUUCCCCACAGGAAACUACCCCCACACGC